CUCCUAAUAUAGACCCGACCGCCUUGUAGAAAAGGGUAACAAACCAAACCAAGCGCUUGCUGCGCGGAAACCAACUUUUUCAUGGACACACAACAGAGUUAUGGAGCCUCGUUCGCAGGUGUCAUUACCGGAAAAGAAGCAGGAAUUACAGAAACAAGAGGCCGACGCCACAGUCUACAUGAACUUCAUGAAAAGCCACCGUUGCUACGAUGCCAUUCCAACCAGCUGUAAACUGGUCAUAUUUGAUACCACGCUACAAGUGAAGAAGGCCUUUUUUGCACUGGUGGCAAAUGGCUUGAGGGCUGCACCGCUAUGGGACAGCAAGCUGCAGAGAUUUGUGGGUAUGCUGACUAUUACUGAUUUCAUCAACAUCCUCCAUUGCUAUUAUAAGUCCCCUAUGGUUCAGAUGUACGAGCUGGAGAGUCACAAGAUCGAAACAUGGAGAGGUGAUUCAGUUACAAACGUCUACUUACAGUAUUCCAAUCACUUCCUCGUUAGCAUUUCUCCAGAGGCCAGCCUCUUUGAUGCCAUCUAUUCCUUACUGCGAUAUAAAAUCCACAGGCUGCCCGUCAUCGACCCACAGUCUGGAAACGUCCUGCACAUUCUGACACACAAAAGAAUCCUCAAGUUCCUCCAUAUAUUUGGGAAAAAAGUUCCCAAGCCGGCAUUCCUACAGAAGCAGAUCCAGGAGCUCAGGAUAGGAACCUUCAGGAACAUCGCCACUGUGCAGCAAACAGCAUCACUUUACGACGCCCUCUCCAUAUUUGUGGAGAGGCGAGUGUCUGCGCUGCCGGUGGUGGACGAACAAGGCAAAGUGGUGGCACUCUACUCAAGAUUUGAUGUCAUUAAUCUAGCAGCCCAGAAGACCUACAACAAUCUGGACAUGACAAUGCAGGAAGCCGUUCGCAGGCGCACGUGUUACGUCGUGGGAGUGAUCAAGUGCUAUCCGGAUGAAACCUUGGAGACCAUUAUAGCUCGCAUAGUCAAUGCUGAGGUCCAUCGGCUGGUUCUGGUGGACAGAGCUGACGUGGUGAAGGGCAUCAUUUCUUUGUCUGACCUGCUGCAGGCCAUGGUUUUAACCCCUGCAGGUAUUGACACCCUUUUAUCCUAGCAGCAGGGGGCAGAACAUCCCCUCCUUAUCGUCCUGUGUCGUCCUGGCAGUGUACCCAGCCAGAAAUCGACAUGUGACUAAAACGAGAGAACAUAAGGAAGAGAUAUUCCCCGGCUGUGCUGCUGUUUACAUUAAAACGUCUUCUGUGAUCUUUGGCUACAUUCAAGUUCUAUGAAUGGACAGUGAGCUGACCCUGAUGCCAUCAUGUGUCUCAAUAGGUCCACAGCACGAAGCAUACGUUGGCUGCAUUUGAUCAAAUUGAUCAAUAUAUGUUUACUCAAUAUAUUUCAGUAAUAAAUUUGUAUCAAAUCUUUCAGGUUUGCGGUCUUUCCAAUGUGUUUUCUGUAGUCUACUUAUAUAAACAGCUUUGGAAAUUAUUAUUAGACCACUGUUUUAUGAUCUUCCUUUUCAAUUAAAGAUGGUGUUUUGUUGAUUCC